ACACCUUAUUCGAUUUGGAGGAUUCUCUUCUGAAGCAAACCAAAACGAGGAGAGCGAUGAUAUCAACGAUGAAGAUUCCGAAAGAAUUAUAUCGACGAGAGAGGAUGAGCCAUCUUAAAAGGCUUCUGGGAUAUAAGUCCAUUGGGUCAUUUCACACCGAAGAUGUCGAUGUGCUGAUGUCACAAUCAUCAAAUGUUUAUGAGAUUCCAAAACUGCCAUUCGAUCAGAAGCUUGAACCAGAUAAAUCUGAUUUUCUAUUAGACCGCAAAAAAUGGACGUUUCUAAAUCAUGGUGCUUUUGGUGCAUCGCUAAGAGUAGGAUACGAUCGGGCAGAACAGUGGAGGUGUGUUUCUUCAACUUUCAUUCGGGACGAUAUAUCAAAUAGAAUUCAUUCCGAACGAAGGAUAUAUAGGCGUCUUGAUGAUAAGACACCAAUGUCUUUGCGCUCAUCGAUGUCAAAAGUUUCACUUGAUCUGACUUUUCUCGUUGAUUAUAUUGCAACGAAUCACCAGGUUUCAUUUAGAACGACAACCACUGCGCUACUUUGACAGGGAUUUACUUCCCCACUUGGUAUAUUCAGCUCGGCGUCUAGCAAACUUUUGCCAUGCAUCUCGGGACCACUUCACUCUUAUACCCAAUGUCACGUAUGGUCUGAAUACAAUCCUUCGUGGUUACAGUGAUAUUCAUAAAGAGAAAAGCCAUGUCAUUUUAUGGGAUACAUCAUAUGGCAGUCUGAAAAAGAUGGCACAUGAGUAUUGCCCAGAAAGAGUCACCGAGAUACCCGUCAGUAAUUAUUUCGAUCGGUGCUGGGACGACUCGUUGAACGAUCCAUCGGAUGUGUUCGAGGAAGCACUGUGUGAUAGCGUAGAGAAAAUCAAAACCGAAAACAACAACAAACAAACCGAGAAUGCACUUCUGAUUUUAGAUCAUACGACAUCCAACACUGCCCUCAAUAUGCCGCUUGAGAAGCUUUCCAGGGCAGCUAAAGAAAUGAAUAUGCUGGUGAUGGUCGAUGGAGCCCAUGGAAUAUUAGCCCAAGAUCUCCAUCUCAAUGAAACGGAAUUGCCGGAUGUUGACUUUUAUCUGGGAAAUGGGCACAAAUGGCUCUCUUGUCCGCGUGGGAUAGGCUUUCUAUAUUGCCCUGAUGCUAGUUUAAGACACUCGAUUCUGAGACUUCCUGCCGUUAUAUCUCACGGCAUUGGGCAAGGAUUUCAGAGCAGAUUCUUAUGGGAUGGAUGCCGCGAUUACACCGCAGCUUUGUCGGUUCCUGCUGUCUUGGAUUUUUGGGAGCAAAAACAAAAUAAAGCAAAGGAUAGUUUAAACGGCGUGCCAUUUCAAACCGAGAUCAAUAAUCGGCUUCAGCAAGCAGUCAAACUACUAAGUAGAACUUGGCACCCCGAUGAAGAUUGGGAACGAUCGUUGCUGGUCCCAUUUGCACUUCAUUCGCCCAUGAUGGCGUUGGUGCGAUUGCCAGAUCGCAUGCAGUCUUCUUCAUCGACAUCUGGCGACGCAAAGGCUGUGCAAGACUUUUUAUACAAAAAGUUGAUUGAAGUACCCAUCAAAUGCGUUGAGGGGGUUCUAUACGUGCGCAUUUCAUGCCAUAUCUACAAUGAAAUCGACGAGUAUCAAAGGCUCGCAGAAACACUGCUCAGAUUCCCAACAUCGCAGUUAUGAUCAGUUUAUUGUGCAGCUAUCUUUCCCCUUCUAACUAGUCGCUGGAUGAUCUAGAUUUGAAGAGAUCUUUCAUUCAUUUGUACUGCGUGACUACCAAAAUAUUUUCAAUCAUUUACGGGAGAAGUAAGCAACAAACGAUGAAUACUGCAGCGUUAAGUAGACUCAUGAAAUUCGCUUUUACCCCAUAACAGGCAC